AUGAUUCCUAUAACAUCACCGACUACAAGUCCAACUAACAGUCCAACAACAUCUCCGAAUACAAGUCCAACUACUUCGCCAACUAACAGUCAAACAACUAGCCCUACAACAUCUCCGACUACAAGUCCAACUACCAGUCCAACAACAUCUCCGACAACAAGUCCAACUACUUCGCCAACUACUAGUCCAGCAACAAGUCCUACAACAUCUCCGACUACAAGUCGAACAACCAGUCCAACAACAUCUCCGACUACAAGUCCAACAACAUCUCCGACUACAAGUCCAACAACUAGUCCAACAAUAUCUCCGACUACAAGUCCAAAUACUUCGCCAACUACCAGUCCAACAACAAGUCCUACAACAUCUCCGACUACAAGCCCAACUACCAGCCCAACAACAUCUCCGACUACAAGUCCAACUAUUUCUCCAACAACAUCUCCGACUACAAGUCCAACUACUUCGCCAACUACCAGUCCAACAACAAGUCCUAUAACAUCUCCGACUACAAGUCCAACUACCAGUCCAACUACCAGUCCAUCAACAUCGCCAACUACCAGUCCAGCAACAAGUCCUUCAACAUCUCCAACCACAAGUCCAACUACUUCGCCAACUACCAGUCCAACAACAAGUCCUACAACAUCGCCAACUACUAGUCCAACAACAAGUCCUACAACAUCUCCGACUGCAAGUCCAACUACCAGUCCUACAACAUCUCCGACUACAAGUCCAACUACUUCGCCAACUACCAGUCCAACAACAAGUCCUACAACAUCUCCGACUGCAAGUCUAACUACCAGUCCUACAACAUCUCCGACUACAAGUCCAACUACUUCGCCAACUACAAGUCCAACAACAAGUCCUACAACAUCUCCGACUACAAGCCCAACUACCAGUCCUACAACAUCUCCGACUACAAGCCCAACUACCAGCCCAACAACAUCUCCGACUACAAGUCCAAUUCCUUCGCCGACUACAAGUCCAACAACAAGUCCUACAACAUCUCCGACAACAAGUCCAACUACCAGUCCAAUAACAUCUCCAACUACUUCGCCAACUACCAGUCCAGCAACAAGUCCUACAACAUCUCUGGCUACAAGUCCAACAGCAUCUCCGACUACUAGCCCAGCUACCAGUCCAACGACAUCUCCAACUACAAGUCCAACUACUUCGCCAACUACUAGUCCAGCAACAAGCCCUACAACAUCUCCAAAUAUAAGUCCAACUACCAGUCCUACAACAUCUCCAACUACAAGUCCAACAACAUCUCCGACAACAAGUCCAACUACUUCGCCAACUACCAGUCCAACAACAAGUCCUAUAACAUCUCCGACUACAAGUCCAACUACCAGUCCUACAACAUCUCCGACUACCAGUCGAACUACCAGUCCAACA